AUUCAUGAGAUCCAGGUGGAGGUGCAGCAAUGCGGGGCUUACAAUCUCUUCCUUUCCAUUAUCUCUAAUGACACAGAGAAGCCGGAGCAGAACGGUUCUGUGUGUCUGACAGCAGUGGUUCAGUCCGGGACUCUGAUCUCUACAGUUCUUUUCUAUCUGCCCCAGAAUCAGCCCGCCAUUUUGACCCGGGAGCAGAAAUACACUGUAGACAGGAUGGUUGAGGCUCAUCGCCAGUUUAGGGAGCAAGACAGCAGCAGUUACAGGGUCUCUGAAUGGCAGUGUGCUCUGGAGGGGGCGGGGCUGCCUGAUGUUUUAUCCCCACACCUAAACAGACUGCUGCAGUUUGCAAGAACAGUACCAGGUUUUGAUCUCCUGGAUUUCUCCGACCAGAUGGCCCUCCUGUCCGUUUCCUCUCUGGAGGUCAUGUUUCUGCUCUCUGCCCAGCAGUUCUCCAAUAACCCUGCAAGCCCCACUCCAGUGUUGCAGCUUUUCACCACGUCCUCGCAUGGCUGGCUCAGAAAUCUGGAGCCCAGGGAAAACAUCCAGAUGAGGACGUCCGUCGGUUCAGGAAGCAGUGAGGAUCUCCUGGGCUCAGUGCUAAACUUCCUUCACAGCAUGGCGGUGCUGCGUGUGACAGAGGCUGAAUACACCCUGCUUACUGCCACAGCUCUGCUCUGCUCAGAUCGAGCAUCCCUGCAGGCGGUCAGCUGUGUGGAGAAAAUGCAGGCGCUGAUCCUGGACCUGCUCUCCAGGGUUUGCGGGGCCCAGGCUGGAGCAGCAGCCAGGGGAGGGCCGCAGCGUUUCGGCCGCCUGCUGGGCAGACUGACGGAGCUACGCACCCUCCAUCACAACUACCUCCUCCUGACAGGGCAGCAGCCAGCACACUGAUGAAGAGGAGAUUCUUCUCUUCCCCACGCAAAGGCCUCUUUGAGACCAGAAAGAGUUUAACUGGCAGCCUUUUUUUCCUCUGUGUUCAUUUAGCUUUGGUGGUUUCAGAUUAUUAGGGUGAAGCAAUCAAUCUGAUUUUUUCAUACUUAUCAACUGCUACCAUGAACACCACCCAGACUGUUUUUUUUGUUGAAC